AGAUGUACCUGGCAGCUUACAGUCCCAUUAUAUAUCCUGUACCUGGACCUGAUAUGUGGCCAAGGACAGACAGUAUGGACAUUGAGGCUCCAGUUUUCAAAGAACACAAGGGAAGGGCACAGACUAAGAGGAGAAAGGGCCAAUAUGAGAAGCCAGCUCCCAAAGACACCUCAAGAAUGACCUCGAUUACCUGCUCUAAUUGCAAAAAGGUUGGCCAUAGAUACACCAACUGUAAUGUUGCUUUGAAUCCAUCACUGGCAAUGAGAAAGAACAUGCAUGAGCCAAGCAGCAGCUCCUAUGAACCUGAUGCAGCCACACCAGCAAGGAGGGCCUCUUCUGCUGCUGGUGCUGCUGCUACUGCACCAUCACCAGCAUAGAGGGCAUCUUCUUCUUCUGCUACAGCACCUGGACCAGCAAAGAAGAGGGCCUCUUUUGCUUCUGCAACAACACCUGGACCACCAAAGAAGAGGGCAUCUUCUGCUUCUGCAACAGCACCUGGACCACCAAAGAAGAGGGCCACUUCUGCUGCACCACCACAAAGGACAGUUGCUGGUAGUUCAUCAUCUGCUGCAAAGGGUAAAACAGCAGUAACUAGAUCUUCAGCUGCUGCAAAGGGAGCAAGGGCAUCUUUCUUGCCUCCAAGGACAACUAUUGUUUCCCAAAGAAUCAGGAAGCCCACCCAGAAAAUUAGAGAUUACUUGACUGCUUCAGGUGCUCCAUGGGAAUGAUGCAUUUUAGGUGUGUGAAAACUCUUGUGAUGAUGGUCAGUUUGGUUGUGUGUCAAAAUACUGUCAAUU